CUAUAUUAAAUUAUAUUUUAUUUAAUUUUAUGCAAUCUAAAUGACUAAACAUAAGAUAUUUUCCUUAUAAAUAAGUCUCAAGCAUUUGCAUUGAAAGGACGUACAAGCGGAAAGCUUCUCUCUUCCUUCUCCUCUUCACUCUCAUCAGGAUCAUGGAUCCCUACAAGGAAUCGAAACUCAUCCUCCCUCCCCCUGAUCAACGCCCUUCAAGUGCUUACAACUCCCCAUUCUGGACAACAAACGCCGGUUUACCAGUUUACAACAACACUGCAUCACUGACUGUUGGAAACAGAGGUCCGAUUCUCCUUGAAGAUUAUCAUCUGAUCGAAAAACUUGCAAACUUCACUCGUGAAAGGAUCCCAGAGCGUAUAGUCCAUGCAAGAGGUGCUAGUGCAAAGGGUUUCUUCGAGGUCACACAUGACAUCACUCAUCUCACCUGUGCUGAUUUCCUCCGUGCUCCCGGAGUUCAAACUCCGACGAUUGUUCGUUUCUCUACUGUCAUCCAUGAACGUGGAAGCCCUGAAACCAUCAGAGACCCCCGAGGUUUUGCAACCAAGUUUUAUACCAGAGAGGGUAACUUUGAUAUUGUGGGAAACAACUUCCCUGUGUUCUUCACUCGUGAUGCAAUGGCAUUCCCAGAUGUGAUCCAUGCAUUUAAGCCAAACCCUAAAUCGCACAUCCAGGAAGACUGGAGAAUUCUUGACUUUCUCUCACACCAUCCAGAAAGCUUGAACACUAUGACAUUCUGGCUGGAUGAUGUUGGGAUUCCAACUGAUUACAGACACAUGGAAGGGUCAAGUGUUAACACUUUAACCCUAGUUAACAAAGAAGGGAAAACACACUAUGUGAAGUUCACAUGGAAACCCACAUGUGGAGUCAAGUGUUUGAUGGAUGAGGAAGCUAUCAAGAUCGGAGGAGCUAAUCACAGCCAUGCGACACAAGAUCUUUAUGACUCCAUUGCAGCUGGGAAUUUCCCGGAAUGGAAGCUUUUUCUGCAAGUUAUUGAUCCGGAUCAUGAAGACAGGCUUGACUUUGACCCACUUGAUGGAACGAUGGUAUGGCCGGAAGAUGUGGUACCUUUGCAGCCGGUUGGGCGUAUGGUUUUGAACAAGAACAUUGAUAACUUUUUUGCUGAGAAUGAACAAUUGGCGUUCAAUCCCGGACUUGUUGUCCCCGGAAUCUACUAUUCCGAUGAUAAGAUGCUUCAAGGGAGAAUCUUUGCGUAUUCCGAUACGCAGAGGCAUCGUCUUGGACCGAAUUAUCUUCAACUUCCGGUCAACGCCCCCAAAUGUGCUCAUCAUAACAAUCAUUAUGAUGGAAAUAUGAACUUCAUGCAUAGAGAUGAAGAGGUUGAUUACUUCCCUUCGAGGUAUGAUCGUGUUCAGCAUGCUCAGAAGUACCCGAUCAAUUCUGCUAGGGUUACGGGAACCCGUGAAAGGACUGUGAUCCCAAAAUUUAAUGAUUUCAAGCAGCCAGGAGAGAGAUACAGAUCCUGGGAACCAGACAGGCAAGAACGAUUCAUUCACCGAAUGGUUAAGAUGUUGUCCGACCCACGGGUCACCCAUGAGCUCCGCAGUAUUUGGAUCUCCUACUGGACCCAGGCUGAUCAGUCUUUGGGCCAGAAGAUAGCCUCAAGGCUCAGUGUGCGGCCCAGUUACUGAACAUAAACGUUUUGGGACGAUUGUUUGAGUGUGGUCAACGGGUCAAUGUCAAGGUCAAGGUCAAGGUCAAGGUCUGUCUCUUUAAGUUUGUUGCACAAAUGGUGUCAAUGUUGUUGUGUACUAUCUUUUUAUUAUGUAAUAUUUUCGUAUACUUUAAGGAGCCUGAAACUUAGAAUAAGAGCACACUUCGAUGUGCUGAGUUACUGUGUUUCAGGUUCGGGUCUGUAAAGCGAAAGCCUAUAUACUUUAUGGGUCACGUGUUAUGUAAUAUGUAAGUUGUUUCUUUUACAUGUAAUCUUGUUUUUUUGCAAUCUAUUUGAUACUUGGAGUUGGAUUGUAAAUGUGGUGGGUUGAUUUUCUUCUUUAUGUUUGACACAUCACACAUGGA